AUCUCUUCUGGUCUUCCGGGGGUUGUCUUUCUCGGGCAAUUCCAACCAAAUCCUUCUCUUUCUCGAUCGCCGGCGGAUCUUCGCUGCGAGCCCAUACCACCUUCUCUCUCGUUCUCCAGGCUUCAAGAUGGGCUUAAAGCUGCAAUCAUUAAGGAAUUUUGAUGCAUUUCCUCGUGCUGAAGAGCACCUUCUACAGAAGACACGAUCUGGAGCUGUUGUUUCCAUCAUCGGCCUCAUCAUAAUGGCAACCUUGUUUGUUCAUGAGCUGAAGUAUUACCUCACUACCUAUACUGUGCAUCAGAUGUCUGUAGAUGUAAAGCGAGGAGAAACUCUUCCAAUUCACAUAAAUAUGACAUUCCCUUCACUACCUUGUGAAGUUUUAAGUGUGGACGCCAUUGACAUGUCAGGCAAACAUGAGGUUGACUUGCAUACAAACAUUUGGAAGCUUCGUUUGACUCGAGAAGGUCACAUUACUGGCACUGAGUACCUAUCUGAUCUUGUCGAAAAGGAGCACUCAGCUCACAAGCAUGGUGAUAGCAAUGACCAUCAUGAAGAUCCCACCAAAAACGAAAAUGAACAAGGGUUCGGCCCAGAUGCUGUGACAAUGAUUAAGAAUGUAAAGCAUGCAAUGGAAAAUGGUGAAGGAUGCCGAGUAUUUGGGGUUUUAGAUGUGCAAAGGGUUGCUGGUAAUUUUCAUGUUUCAGUUCAUGGGUUAAAUUUCUUUGUUGCCCAACAGAUCUUUGAUGGAGCAAAAAAUGUAAAUGUCAGUCAUGUGAUUCAUGAUUUGUCAUUUGGUCCAAAGUAUCCAGGAAUUCACAAUCCACUUGAUGGAACUACCAGGAUCCUACAUGACACUAGUGGUACUUUCAAGUACUAUAUCAAGAUUGUUCCAACAGAAUAUAGAUAUCUUUCUCAUAGAGUAAUGCCUACAAAUCAAUUUUCUGUCACAGAAUAUUUUGUUCCCACCCGUGCGAUUGAUAGGUCCUGGCCAGCUGUUUACUUCUUGUAUGAUCUUUCACCUAUCAUUGUGACAAUUAAGGAAGAGCGCCGAAGUUUUCUGCAUUUCAUCACACGUCUCUGUGCUGUACUUGGUGGUACAUUUGCUUUGACAGGAAUGCUUGAUCGGUGGAUGUACAGAAUAAUCGAGGCCUUCACAAAGUCAAAGACCGGAAGCAUUUUUCGGUGAUGAAGAACAACUCGGUGAGAUCAGAAGCUCAGUGAUGCAUAUCUUGGGGGACCAAUCUUGUUGUAAUUUGUUGCAAAGAACUAAAGAAGUAUCAUGAUUCGUCGCCGCCUCUUUGUACGGUGGAUUAGUGUUUUGAUGAAAUAUCUCUUUGUAACUUCGACUAGGGAUUAAUCUGACCUUUCUCCUGAGUUCUACAUAAUCAAGAAUACCCCUUUUCUUUUUGUACAA